AUGUCGUGGUCUAGAGAUCAAGUUUCACUCCUGAUAGAGGAGUAUCACAAGUACCCAUGUUUGUAUGCGGUAAAAUCACCCAUGUACAAAAACAAACAUGCCCGAAAUACAGCGAUAGAAGCUGUAGAAGCAUCCCUGAAGACGUUAAGGCCCAGUGUAACGUCCCAAGAAAUUAAGAGCAAAUUUCAAGCUCUGAAAACAAAUUUCUUGAAUGAGCAUAGAAAACAUGUUCAAAGCAUGAAAAGUGGUGCUAGACAAGAUGAGUUCUUGGAGAUCGAAGCUGCCCCUCAAGAAUCAGAAGAAUGCCCCAAUGAAUUGGAACAGUGUUUUGUGGAUGAAUCUGGCUUUCUAAUAUCAGAGGAAUCUGAGCUGCCACUUGAAUCUCCAAGGCCAAAACGGAAAAAGAAGUUGGAUGAUGACUCAAAUUCACUUUUGAAAGAAGCUUCUGCUGCCCUGAGCACAAUAUCCAAAACUAUUUCUGAAGCACCGACAAAUAAAAAUAAAGAAAUUGAUGCAGAAGAAGCAUUUGGAAAAUAUGUCGUUUCCAAAAUGAGGCAAAUAUCAGAUCCACAAGUUAAAUCUGAUGUGGAAGAACGGAUAAUUAAUCUCUUGUUUGAAGGAAUCAGAGAAAGUAGAAUGAAAUAA